GAUAUCCUGCCUCUUUCCCCUGGCGAACCGUCGUUGGGCCGGUUUGGCAAAAUGAAGCUAAACAUCUCGUUUCCUGCUACUGGCUGCCAGAAGCUGAUUGAAGUCGACGAUGAGCGAAAGCUGCGCAUCUUUUACGAGAAGCGAAUGGCCACGGAGGUGUCUGCUGACUCUCUGGGUGAUGAGUGGAAGGGCUACGUGGUGCGCAUCAGUGGGGGCAAUGACAAACAGGGCUUCCCCAUGAAGCAGGGCGUUCUGACCCACGGCCGUGUGCGUCUGCUGCUCAGCAAGGGUCACUCCUGCUACCGUCCCCGCAGGACCGGCGAGCGCAAAAGGAAAUCUGUCCGUGGCUGCAUUGUUGACGCCAACCUCAGCGUCCUCAAUUUGGUCAUCGUCAAGAAAGGUGAGAAGGACAUUCCUGGGCUGACCGACAGCACUGUCCCCCGACGCCUCGGGCCCAAGAGGGCCAGCAAGAUCCGCAAGCUUUUCAACCUGUCCAAGGAGGAUGAUGUGAGGCAGUAUGUUGUGAGGAGGCCCCUGAAUAAAGAAGGCAAGAAGCCCAGAACCAAGGCUCCCAAGAUCCAGAGACUGGUGACCCCUCGUGUGCUGCAGCACAAGCGCCGCCGCAUCGCUCUGAAGAGACGUCGCACCCAGAAGAACAAGGAGCAGGCCUCGGAGUACGCCAAGCUGCUCGCAAAGAGGAUGAAGGAGGCCAAGGAGAAGCGCCAGGAACAGAUCGCCAAGAGGCGCCGCCUUUCUUCCCUGAGGGCGUCCGCAUCCAAGUCAGAGUCCAGCCAGAAGUGAAAUCCACAACUAAAAUAAAGUCAUGUUUUGCUGAAAAACUA